AUGCAGCGGCCGAACUUUCCCCAGCAAGCAUGGGUACAUGCCUUAGCGGCCAAGGGCCAGGAUGCAGUCAUCACCAUUCCUACGUCCUUUGAGGUGACGACCCACAUACAAGGUACUCCCAUAUUUCUGCUAGUGGACACUGGAUCUACUACUUCUCUUAUAUCGCAUGCAACCAUCAAGUGUCUAGGACUGCACCCUACUCCCUUCGUAGGAGUAAAGAUCAUUGCUGCUGCCGGUACUUUCUCAGAGGCAACAAAGAUAUGUCGUGAUUGCCCUAUUGACUUGGGAUGCAAGGUGGCGCUUGUAGAUUUAAUAGUGACCAAGAUCUUCCAUUAUGACAUCAUCUUGGGCAUGGAUUGGUUGACCAUGAUGAAGGCAGAAAUUGACUGUGACACGCUGACAGUGAAAAUAUACGAAGAUGAUGACACUUUCCUCAUAUUCCCAAUCCAAGGUAGCCAUGAUCGUAGGAUUUUGUGUUAUACUUUAUUAGAGGACGGUUAUGAUGGGCCCUCGAUAACAUGUACACCCGUGGUCCAAGACUUUAGGGACGUAUUUAGAGCCAUACCUGGACUUCCGCCUCGACAUGAGAUAGACUUCACGAUCGAUCUGACUCCGGGUGCCAAGCUCAUCUCUUUGCCUACUUAUCGCAUGCCCCCAUGUGAGAUGGAAGAACUGCGAUCUCAAAUCGACAAAUUUCUAGAGUAA